AGCUUAGCCAACUGCUCGCAGUAAUACAUUGACUCUUAAGCAGAAUGGACGCUCAUACUUGGUUGCACUAUAGUAACGGCGCUGUGCCGCAAGAUCCUAUCGUAGCUGGCCAUGAUUCAGAUGGAGAUACUAUUUUCAUUGGCCGCGCAUUUUACAACAAUGAUAUGUUGCCAGCUAAGGUGAUUCCCAACAAGGGCAAGGCCUACGUGGCCUAUGGUGGUGAGGAGAUUGAGCUGGAGAACUAUGAAGUGCUUAGUGGCAAGUUCUACGAUUGGUUGCCGGCAGAGAAUGGCGGUGUACCGGACACGGCUGUUCAAGUGGGAUGCAAUGUCGAUGGAGAGGCUUUGUACGCGGGUCGUGGCUAUCACGCUGGCAGUCUAACGGUUGGCAAAGUGCAUCCUUCUCACGGCUGUCUGUAUAUUCCCUACGGUGCCGAAGAGAUUAAGUUAUUCUCAUAUGAGGUUCUCUCACGUCCUCAAAUGGUGAGAUAGGCAAUUGUUCAUAAUUUACCAUACUAGUCUGUGUUCAAUAAACUGGAAUUUUUAUAACAUGUUGUUAAGGCCUUAUCAAUAGAUUUCAACCUUCAUUGUAAUUACAAUCGGUAGCUCUAUAUUUAUGGAUGACGUCAUUAACUAUAAAACAAUUUUUAUGAUUGACUUCCUCUGUUUCGCAGUAAUUUCAUCGACUUACUAAGCCCAAAACUUAUUAUGCAGGAAUUUGAUACGAAAAUCAGUUCUAAGUUAACAUUGAUAUCUAUAAAACUAAUUGACGAGUAGCUAAUAAUAAUUAUGUUUUUAACUUGCUAACUUAUAAUUCGCCCUAAUGCUAGAUCAAAUAUAUAUUUUUUUCAAACAUUUGAACCAACAGGACCAAGCUAAAUCGAAAUGUCAAGCUUACCAGAAGAACAAUAGCAUUUAAUACAUGAGAAUUGUUAAGAAAAUUUCUAAACUUAA